AUGGCAGUGCUGGACACCCCACCAGAAACAUGGCUUGAGCCCAAGACUCUUCCCUUACAACAGAUUCCAGACCAGCAAGACGAUGGAGUGGAGAAGGUCAGCACAGAGAUUCCUGCUGAGAUCCUGGAUGAGUUUCUGCUGCCUCCAGAAUCCCAGGAGACACCUCUAUUCCCUUUAGAAAUCCCUGACAUUAAUGAACUGUUGGCCUGGUUUGACCCUGUUGAGUCAACGAGCAAGGACCCUCACACAGAGGGGCUUGCUGGUGCUAGGGAGGUGAUGCCAAGUGAUUCCUUCAACAAGAUGCCUGCAAGGAAAUGUGUUUCCAUGUGCCAUGUUGAGGGAAAGGAUCCCUUGGCUGCCCUCUUAUCUGCCCCUGCAGUGGAGCCUCUGGAUGGAGCCCCUCUGCCUACACCUGGGAAGUGGAGCACCCCAGAGAAUGCUGCAAAGCUGGUGCAGACCUCAGGUCCUUUUGCGAUUACCCCAUUGGUGGGGUCUGGCCUCAUGAUUGGCAGUAGUGGACCCAGACUGUCAGACCCAAAGAUGCCAGGAAGAAGGAAAUCAAAGCUACCAGCAGCUACCCCACCUGUUCCUCCUUCACAGGCUCUCAAGCGCAGUGGCUCUCAUGGAAAGGGACUCAGCAUUGACAAGGGCGUUGCUCCAAAGAAGAGGAAGGUGGAAGUGGCAGCAGGGUGUGAGUUCUCCCAAUAUCUGUGCCAGGGGGAUAGGGAGAACUGUAACCCAGGAGCAAGCACUAGUGGCACUGCAGGUGAAGCCAUGCCAGGCCAGUCCUCAGGGGACAGCCUCCUCCUGACUCCAUGCAGUGUUAUGGAACAGACAGUGGCUGACAUCCAGAAGUCAUCCAUGACAGAGCCAAUGGGCCCAGCAGAAGCUGUGACACCUGACAAGGGGCAGCAUCAAAAACUGGGCGCCCACGGGAAUGACAAAGGGAAAGGGGCAGUACCAGGCAAGGGAAAAUUCAAGACGCCUGGAGGUCGAGGUGGGAAGAAAAUCCCCCAGCAGGAGGCACAGCCUUCAAAAGUACCUCGGAGCCACCUGGAGAUGCAGAUGCUGGAGUCCAUCCAGGUGUUUCACCCUCUGGGCAAGAAACUUCAGCCAGCCACCCCAGCUCCAAAGCCCCCUGCGCCACCCCCGAGCAAGGCUCCAGCAAGGACCCCCACUGUGUCGCCACAAAUCAUCCUGGGGCUUAAGAGGCGCCUGGAAGCCCUGGCCAACCAAAAGGCAAAGAUUCAUCGACCAGCCCCUGGGGGGAGGAAGGAUGGACAGAUGGACACCCCUCAAAAGGAUGGACAGAUGGACAACCCUAGGAAGGAGGGACAGGCAGACACUGCUAGGAAGGACAGACAGAUGGACACCCCAAGGAAGGAGGGGCAAGUCUUUGCUCCUAAAAGACUCUUCCAAAUCCCAGGAAACCCAGGAGAUGGAGCUGUGCCACCGAGCAGCAGCUCCACUGCUCCCGUGCAGCAGCGCCUGCCCCCUCCUCCUCACAGCUCCACGUCACCCUGGCAUCCCUCCCCUUCCCACUCUCCCGUGGUGGCCAGGAACAACCCCCUCCAGGAGCUGGAGGUGUCCCUGCCCAUCACGCCGGAGCAAAGGCCCGAGAGAGAGGCAAUGAAGAGGAAAGCGCAGAAAGAGAGGGAGCUGGCAGCACAGUACAUGAAGAUUGGGAGGCGACAGUUCUUGGUGGAGAGGGAGAGAGACUGGGCACUGGAGGCUGAAUGGGGCUACCUGUCCCUUAUUCAUAGAUAG